AUGAAGUUUUGCUUACUUGGUUACAGAAAUGUAAAACGAACAAUUUUUAAAAAGCCCAUUUUUGUCUUCGUAUAUUCACUUUUAUUAUUUUCAUUAAUUUUUCUAAUUGCAAAUCAUUCAGAAAAAACAUUCUUAUCAGUUAAGCUAAUUGACAUAAACACUCAUAACGUGUAUAAAAAAUAUGAACGAUCAUUCAGUGGAUAUGAGAAUUUAAUUUUCAACAUUGAUUAUGCUAACUUUAGUAUUGAAAAACAAAAAAAUGUAAAUGUAAAUUCAAAACGACAUUUAGGUUCAAUUGAUACAAAGCUAUUUGAUAUACAAGGUUUUAUACUGAAAAAGAAAUUCAAUAUGAAUAAUUUAAUCUUAUUUCCAUUUGAAACAGAUAAUCCAUAUGAGGAUGAUAGAAUAUUAGCACAAAUGAGUUAUGUUCCUGUACAAGUGUUAGAAGCACGUAAAAAUGGACGGAUUCUUAUGAAACGUAUUUAUUAUCCAAGUAAAUCCUCUAAUUCAUUUCCCGAUCUGUCACACUGUCCUGUGUAUGAAUGUAGUGUAAGUCAUACGAUUCAGCAAGCUGACUUAGUUGUUUUUGAAAAUGAUGCAGAACUUAGUAGCUUAAAGAAACAAAAGAAUCAGUCUUGGCUGAUUUAUCAUCUUGAAUCUCCACGACAUUUUUCAUUCCCUAUGUUCAAAAACUUGAUUAAUUUUACCGCUACAUAUACGGUGGAUUCAACUAUAGUUACACCAUAUUAUAAAUAUGUACCAUUUUCAGAUAUGGUACCAAAAGAUUUAAAUCAUUCAAUUGAAUUUGAUAAAGAUUUUUCUAAUGGUAAAACUAAAAUGAUUGCAUGGUUUGUAAGUAAUUGUAAUGGUGGUGGUCCACGAAUGAAUUAUGCUAAGGAAUUAAUGAAAUAUAUCAAGGUUGAUAUCUAUGGUGCAUGUGGAGAUCUAAUUUGUGAUAAAUAUAAUAGCAAGUGUUUUGAAUCAUUGAAAAAUGAUUAUAAAUUCUAUCUCAGUUUUGAGAAUAGUAUCUGUCAAGAUUAUAUUACUGAAAAGUUCUUUCUGAAUGCUCUUAAAAAUACUGUUGUUCCAAUCGUAAUGGGUGCAUCGAAAUCAGAAUAUGUAAGAUCAGCUCCAUCAAAUUCUUUUAUUCAUGUAGAUGAUUUUAAUUCUGUCAAACAAUUAGCGGAUUAUUUGUACUAUCUAGACAACAAUAAAACUGCUUAUAAUGAAUACUUUAAAUGGCAUAACCAUGGAACAGUUGAUUUUAAUACAUUCACUGAUUGUCGACUAUGUAUGCUGGCGCAUGAAAUCGAUAACUUGGAACGACCUUAUUGGUAUGAAGAUAUAAAUCAAUGGAGAGAGAAUAGUUGUGAAAAUCGUAAAUUUCCGAUUAUUUGA